AUGUCCGACAAUGUAUUCAAGCUCUAUCGGCGGCUCACGAACUUUCCCGAGCUCGAGACCCUGACCAUGGACCAGCUUCAAGACUUCAUAGAGGCCUGCUGCGAGGUUCGACAUGCCUUCAUGAUUGUCCAACGAUCUUCGCAGAGCAGCUGCUCGCCGCCUUCAUACAUUCCCGAAGCAUUCAUUGGAUGGCUCGCCGAUGUCACUUACCUCGAUUUAUCACAGCUGGAGGCGCUCUGGAAAGCCCUCAAGGAGCAUAUCUGGACCAAGCCACGCAUGAAGGAACGUUCUCAGCGAUUGGUGGCGAUAUUUGAAAGGACAGGAUGGAAGAGGGGAAUUCCGCUAAUCUCGCUACACCCACCAAAUACAACAUGUACGAACUCCCUCUGCGACAACAACAAUGAGCUUCGCCGGCAAGACAUACACGAAGCGGUCGUGUUCACCCUUGAACACGGCGUCCAGAUGGCCAGUCUCGUUAACUUUACCUGCGGCACCUGCCGACAUCAAUAUCAUCAUAACUAUUACAUUCACGACGACAAUCUCACUCGCACAUUCUACGACGAGAUUCCCGAGUACAUCGAAGUCGACAAUCAUCACUACAUCGACAUCCGACUCAUGGAGAUGUUCACUACUGCAAUGCGCGUAUCUUCAACCUCUGCGACUGCAUGCGCAAAGAUAUACGAGGACGCUUUUGCGCGGAACGGCCCCAGCUUUGACAGCUACUACAGCUACUCCCGCCUCGAUCCCACCGACUUCGCUCUGCGCUUUAGUCCUCAUAUGACCCCAGAGCAGAUCUGGGUAGGAUUCACUGUCCUAGCGCUCUUACGCGACCGAAAGGCGAUUGGAGAGGAGUACCCUCUCUCGGUACCUCACCAAGGUAGCCAUCGGGACCGCUAUGAAACGGCCAUGCGAGAGCGGAAUGAACGCAUCGUGCGGCUUGGCCAGCCCGAGCUUCGUCACUACUGUGACGGUUGUAUGCGCGUUUGGGAGGUGGAGACGGAUGAGGGUAUAAAACGCUGGAAGUGUCAAGUGGCCGUCUCUGACGGGAUUACGAUCGGACAUUUUGUCUGUAAGAUUUUCCGAUGUCUCAACGCGCUCGACAAGAAGACAAAUCACUUCUGCGACGACCACAAAUACCUCGCCAACAUAUGCGCUGUCGAAAACUGCGAGCGCUCGAUUUCUCCAACUGAGCGCACGAAGAGCACUUGCGAUGACAAAUCACACCGGGAUAUGGAGAUCAAGAGUCGGAACCGCGGGCAGUCCAUGUUCGCACUCAAGGAACGGCUCGCUCGCUGCAAGACUUCGCGCCCGGAAGCAUCCAUCGAUGAGGAGACCGACACAGCACUGCUCGACGACAGCGAAGAGUGGUACGAGAUCGAUUCGGCCGGAAACAUUCUUCAACACGUCAACAGUCGCCCUGUAAAUGUUGGCGUCGCUGACGACGUCUCCGAGACCGUCACCACCGUCACCAGCAUCGCAGAUGCUUCAUCCACCAGCACCAGCACUCAAGGCCAGACAAAGCCUGUGCAUCAACCGAAGCAGCCAAAACGCUUCAAGAUCCUCCUCGCCCGCCGUCGCUCCUGCUGCGAGGUCACUAUCGUUUGGCCAUGUGGAGUCAUACUGGCUCGUGCAACCCUUGUCGGCGCCGAAGCCGUCUCUAAUGUUCUGGACUUUGUUAAGCGGGUCUUCACGAUCCCCGGUGCUCAGAAACCUGAGCACUGGAUAUACGACACUGCAUGCGACGCCAAACGUCAGGCACAGAAUGACCCGUGGUGGGAUGAUGUUGGCAUGUGCGUCGACCCCUUCCACCUCCUCAACAAGCACAAGGAGACGCAUGAGUAUUGCCAGCUACAUUGCAACCCGGCCGACUACCCGGAGCUCCUCUCAGACGACGGCAAGUCCUGGUGGUUCAACAGCAGCAUCGCUGAGCAAGUCAACGUCUGGCUUGGGUCGUACCAUGCUAUGCUUCGGGAGAUGACACCAACUCGGUAUGACUUUUUCCUUGAUGAGAUGGUUCGCCUUCGAAAUGCCGAGGUAGUUUCGUUGCUCAAGGCCAAGGGUAAAUGUCCAAACCUCUCUCCUCUCGAAGAUUAG